UGACAGCGCGAGGACUACAAAGCCCUGAAUGCACCCCGGCGCAAUAGGAAUCUCUAUAAGUAAUGCUGCCUGCAACUCUGGCUCAGUGGCGCAGAGAAGCCUGGAGAAACGCGAUCAGAUAGAAGAAUGAGCCAGAAUGGAGUGGAGGCGGCAGCGGCGGCCACAGACAUGGACCAGUUUGUGGGGUUCUUCCCCCAAGUUGUGAAGGAUCUGACGGAAGAUGACCUCCACAACGCGGAGGUGUCUGAUGUUGUCGCCAGGCUGAAGCAGGUCGUGGAAUACAAUGCCGUCGGGGGGAAAUAUAACCGGGGCCUGACGGUGGUAGCUGCUUUUCGGGAGCUGGCUGCGCCAGAGCAACAGGAUCCGAAAAGCUUCCAACGUGCUCUAGCUGUUGGAUGGUGCAUUGAACUGCUGCAGGCCUUUCUCCUGGUGGCAGACGACAUCAUGGACUAUUCGGAGACCCGCCGGGGCCAUCCCUGUUGGUACAAAAAGGAAGAAAUUGGCCUGGAUGCCGUGAACGACGCUUUCUUGCUUGAGUCCCUCAUCUACCGCUUGCUGAAGCGAUACUGCCGGGGUCAGCCGUACUACCUGAACUUGCUGGAGCUGUUUCUCCAGACAUCAUACCAGACUGAACUGGGGCAAGCCCUGGAUCUUAUCACUGCUCCCCCAUCCAAGGUGGAUCUGAACCGCUUCACAGAACAGAGUGUGUUGCAUAUUUAUGAUUCAAAGCUGGAAACCUUUCAAGUCAUGACUGGCUCUAACCUUGAACUGCGGAUGCCCUUCUCUGGCAGGUACAAAACGAUUGUCAAAUACAAGACGGCCUUCUACUCAUUCUACCUCCCAGUGGCGGCUGCAAUGUACAUGGCUGGCAUAGACAGUGAAGAGGAACAUGCUCAUGCGAGGACCAUCCUAUUACAGAUGGGGGAGUUCUUCCAGAUCCAGGAUGAUUUCCUUGACUGCUUUGGUGACCCUGAAAUGACCGGGAAGAUCGGAACGGACAUCCAGGAUAACAAAUGCAGCUGGUUGGUGGUGCAGUGCUUGAAACGAGCCUCUGCAGAACAGAGACAACUUCUAGAGGAGAACUAUGGACAAAAGGAUCUGGACAAAGUUGCACAUGUGAAACAGCUCUAUGAGGAGUUGGGCCUGAAGAAAAUCUACCAGGACUAUGAGGAGAGCAGCUACCAGUGCUUAUCGGGCCUUAUUUCCCAGCAUGCUGUACGUCUGCCCAGCCAGAUCUUCCUUGGCCUGGCCCAGAAGAUCUACAAGAGGCAGAAAUGACAGACUCGGCUAUCAAGAAGGAAACCAGCGUAUAAAUACUUGUCACGUGUGUUUGUGUGGGAGGGUGGGUUUUCCCCAUUUUUCCCGCCAUUGAUUAGUAGAACUGCUUUAAAACCUGUUUUUGAAACCUAGUUCAGUCAUCUCUUAACUCCCUGACACAGGGAGUGGUGGUUUGAAGGGACCUAAAGGCUAAGGCACACUCAGUGGCGUAGCGUGGGGGGUG